GGAAAGGAAUAUGACUUUGUCAGCUGUUUGUUACGAAACAAAUCUCUGGUACUUCUGGUACAGAGAUGUUCCGCGAUUAAAUUGAAUGAUUAGAGAAAGGACAUGGCCAUUUGUAGUUUGAAUACUUUUGCCAGUUGGUGUUGUUUAUUGGCCGCUUUUGUAACAGGGGAGUCUGGCAAUACUUUGGACUCUUCUUGGGAACAACAACAACAUGAUCUUCACGGGAUGUUGAGAAAACAACUCGACUUUCCUUAUGAGGAUUCAAGCUUUUUCACUUUCAGUGAUAUGGAGAAGAUAGUUGGCGGAAAUAUGACUCCGCCAUUUGUUGUUAGUGAUACAUGUAAAGCGUAUUUACUUGCUUAUAGUUCAAAUGCCUCAGACUUCGUUCAUUGUGCCAUUAGAUACGCCAGGCCGUUCAGAUUUUGUGGUUCUUGUGUGGUACCAUACACUAAAGCCAUCAAUCUAUACUGCGAUAUUGUGAAGAAAGGUGAUGGGACCUGUAACCGUCAACUUCUUAACUCAGACAGGAUACACCUGCUCACCCAAACAAAUGCUUACAUGCAAACCUUGUGGGAAACCUCUGAUUGUGAUAGCUGCUUCAGUUCAGUUGUGGAACAUGAAGAUGGAAGUGUGGACUUCGAAAUUGAAAAUAAAACCAUGAUAUUCCUAGAGCUGUACAAUGAGACUGGAACAUGUAUGAAUGUUACUGACCAGGAGCUGGAAGAUUUCACGCAUUGGGCUAACGGCAGCAAUAGCUCAGUCUGCAAGGAAUGUGAAGAUUCCUAUCGAAGACUGAAUCAGCAUUUUAACUCCAUAUUGAAAAUUUCUCAAAACCAUGUGUGUAUGGAUGUGGUUGACAUUAUGAACUACACCCGUCAGAUGUGGAGUCAGUAUUUCAACUGCUCACAUAGAACAGGGGACAUGCUGCCAAUCCUCUGCCUGACUGCAGUCUUUUGCCUCUGUCCUGUCAUCUUCUAUGUUGGCAAUAGAAUACACGGGGAACCAGACUCAAACAGACUAAAAAUUGCGAAGCAAAAACGGUUCCCAAGGUUUCGACGACAUCGAAACUAUGGAUCAGCACCAAUACACACAGAAAUCAUUCUACCAGCCCCAACCACAAAUAGUACGAACUGAGAGUGAAUAUCUACUUUACAAGAAGAUUUUAUGAAUACCCAACAACAUUCCAGCUCUGUGAUCAUGCCAGGCAAUUUCACUGAGGAGCCUGUUGAAAAGUUUGAAGGAUGUCCACACGGCCAGCAUUCCUCUAAUCGCCACAAGUUCUGAUGCAUCCGAGUCCCAAACCAAGAAACAUGUACAUCUGCUAAUUUCCAGGCAGUUUCUUUGGUUACAAAGUUUUGUGUCAUUAUUAUAUGGCUUAGUGCUCAUUGGGGUGAUAUGACGUAUAAGGAGUCCCUAAUAGUGCAAUAUAGAAAGCAUGUUGGUGCAUACGUUUAACUUAACUGUCAUGUUUGUAGGUACUUUUUGUUGCAUAUUUAUAGAAACUUUACACAUAUUCUGAAAUCAUUUCUUAGGGCUUUCAAGCACAUAUUGUAGUAUUGUGUCUUAAAAGGCUUUUUCUUAUCUUUAUUUUCAACUACAUGUGGUUUACUUGAAUGACUUAUUAAAGUAAGAACAUGCCAGAACAUGUACAUGUAUGUUGAAGUAGUUACUUGGCAAGGUAUAACAGCUUCUACCAGAUCCCUUAGCCCAUAAUCUUGACUAAGGUCGUUGAAGUGAAAUGUCCAUUAAGUAUGGCAUAAUACACUGUUGCUAGCAAGCUGCCAUUGUGGCAUACCUUGCGAACUGGGUAUAAGUGUUGGACUGUCAGUCACGAUUACACAACCUCCACGUGUACAGUACAGUAUAAGAAAACCAAUUCAUUCUUCACCAUAAACCUACUCAGCCUGUAGCUGAACAGGCCAGUCAGUGUUAUUUUUUUUGUUCAUCAACAACUUACUGAACCUUGACUGUAUAGCAGAAAUGCUCAAGUUGUUAGAUGUGACACAAGGCAGUUGCCAUACAUGUGAAUUCUGGAAAACCUAGGCCAUAUUCCACAAAGAAAUCUUAGUGCUAAUUUCACAUACAAUAACCACCAAUGCAGGGAUUCAUAGAAGUUCAAAUUUUACAAAUGAAAACUCAAAAUGGAAGUGACAUAUCUCCCCAGUUUGAUAUAUAAUGACCCAGUUUAUUAAGAUCCUGAGUGACAUGCCGUGGCUAGUUAACGGAAAUUGGAUCAUGUAUAAUGCUGCGAUGGCCGAUCGCCUGAGAAACACUUUUAAUUUAUUUUGAAAAGGCCAGCUCUACCAAUUCAGUUUUUCACGUUUUUUUCCAAAUUCAGUUAUCAGCAACUAAAUUGAGUAUCAUUAUUUCUCUUGUUAAAAUUUUUUUAAGGAAAAUAUUCUGUUGCGGCGCCAAAUUGAGUUGUAAACUCCCAUUUAUGAGCUCACUUUUACGAACCAAAUAUUGGUUUGCAAAAUCAAGGUGUAUGAAUCCCAGCAAUGCUGUUUGUAAUGGUAUGCAUUUAUUUAAAUUUUGAACUAUAUCGUACAUAUACAUGUGCCAGUAUGUCACACAGAUGAAAUAUACUUGGCAAAUGACGCUGGCAUGUUUUUCCUGUAAAGCACACACAUUAAAAAUUUGUAAACAAACCAGAUGUAUUUAUUGAACACAAAUGUCAUAUAUUUUGAUAUAUUUUGUCAUAACAAGGACAGAAGCAACAAUAGCUGGUUAUGAGAUGAACAAGAUGAGAGUUCUGUACAUUUCAUGUUUGAUGUAUGACUGAAUUGAUGUAUCUGAAUUAUUAUAUAUAUAUAUAUAUGGGUGUUGCUAGCUAUUGAAUGAAUUUAUAUACAUUUAUGGUGUUAAUAUUUUGAAGGUGUAAUUUGUUUAAUUCUUCAUGCAUUUACCACGCAUUAUGUCCCAAUGUUCUAAUGUUGGAUUAAAAGACAUUACAAAUCAUGAAAUGCCAUAAUUGUCUAUCACUUCCAAUGUUCAGACAUAUUACAAUAAUAUCACAACAUUGUAUACCCAAGUACAGUCAGCUUGUGUGUUAAAAAGAAAAGAAACAUUAAAAGUAAAAAAGUGUUAGCAGAAAGACAAUUAAAAACUGAUCUAAAACUACCAUUACCUAUUUUCUUAAGAUUCUUUUUCACUGAUUUAAUACAGUCAAAUGUUUGGCUUGCAAUAUGACCAUACUGAUAUUGUCUUCAAUGACAUAAUGCAACCUUUCCAGUCACACCCCACCACCUGGAUUUACACACGGUGCACCGGUCAAAUAGUUGGUUUGUAACAUGACCAAAUUGGUUGUGUACGUCAUCAAUGACCUAAUACAACAUGUUCUACAAAAUCACCUCAGAAUAAAAUUCUCAUACUCCUGCAAUAUGUGCCUGUAAAAUUCUAACAUUAAACCCCUGUUAUAAGAGCAGCGAAAGGCAGUUGUG